AUGACAUUUAACGGUAAGGAGGCAACCACCUCGCUAGACAUCUGUCAGCUUUUCUCAAAGAAAUUCGCCAGUGUGUUCACUGAUGAGACACUAAGCGAUCAUCACGUUGAACGUGCCGCCAGUUAUACCGCACGAUCCGGUCAAGCUUUGAGCACCAUUCAUUUAGACGCGACAAUGAUUUCCAGAGCCUGCAGCAAACUUAAAUCAUCCCUAAACCCGGGUCCUGACGGGAUUCCGUCGAAGUUUCUGAAAAAGCAGAUUGCUAACCUGAUUUCUCCGCUUCAGCAUGUCUUCCAGCUAUCUGUCACUUCCGGUAUUUUCCCGUCCUGCUGGAAAUUGGCUUACAUGUUUCCAGUACACAAGAAGGAAAACAAACACGAUGUGAGCAAUUAUCGUGGCAUCACCUCACUCUGUGCUGUCGCAAAACUGUUCGAACUUGUCAUCAUGGAGCCUUUGCUCGCUCACUGUAAAGCUUUCAUAAGCACUGAUCAACAUGGAUUCACAGCCGGUCGCUCCAAUCGUACCUUACCGGUCGCCGUCUAA